GGCAAAUAUUUUCUAAAGAUUGAUCGAUCCCUUGAACGACUGUCGGCAAGGAGAGUCGAAAAGAAUCUAGAAGAGAACAUCCCAGAUUAUAGAAACUUAUCAGCCAAGAACUGACACAAGAGCUUAAAAAGCUGAUGACCGAUAGAACCAAUCAAAACAGCAGAGAAGUACACAGGGGCGAAGAAGCGAGAAUGCGAAUCACGGUUUCCUUCAGUGUCACUCACGUGACUUUGACACCCCUUGCCGAAAUGGCGAUUUGGACUCCAUGAUGUGAUUACUUCAGGGAGGAAUAAUCAAGUUGCAUAUAUACUGAAACUGGGAGUUGGAAGAACAUUUGCUCCUCGACCAGUAUAAAUCCUAGAGCAGCCACAACCUGCCCCCUCGCACCGUUCAAGUCGUCAUGAAAUUAGCUUCUCAGUAUCGUUGACACAUAGAAAAUGCCUUACCCGUUGCUUUUCCGCCCUUUAAAGUCCGGCAUUCCCAUCUGUCUUAACCAUCUCUCUUUCUCUUCAAUUGCUCUUCUUCUCAGUUUUUGCGGCUCAUACACAUUACUUAAACCAGCCAUUUGGCAACGUGCCUCCGCAUUCGUGUCGAUUGCAUUAGUUCUCCGCGCCAUGCCACCAAAUUCUCACCUCCAAAAUCGGUCCACGAUGGAUCGCCUCAAUAUCAACCACGACCAAGGGUGCUCGGUGUCUUAUUAUUGUCCGACAAAGACGAUCCUCAUUGCUGGUACCUUGGCGACAGGGACCGGUCCAAAUCUUGAAGGUUGAGACCCAGCGAAGAAGAGCAGACCGACUUUGUGGUUUUGGUGUCAGCAGUCAUCACACACUGAGGGCCGGACACCUGUCCAAUGCAAUCACGUUCACGGCCAAGUCGCGUAUUGAGUGCUCAUUGGCAGCAUCGCAGUCGUCCAUGCAACGCGGGUAUCACGAACUCACGAGAGUCGAAUGAAAUACCUGCCGACUUAUCAGGGACCUGCAUGCCCUGCAUGGCACCAGGAGUUCAAGGUGCAAUUUUUACAGAAUGGUUUCUUGUCAAAGGUCAGAUCCUGCCUGCCAAAUCUCCACAGUUGCUUGCUUUUUUUCCCUUUCGUGCAUGGGGUAUUCCCGUCACAGUAUCCACUCUACAAGUCUUGUGUAAGUAGAUGGAGGGCAAUGUUCUGUAUCAAGUUGAAUAUAUGCAUUGUCUUCCUUACGUCUUGUCAGGUUUUCUAUUAGGAACCUAUUAUUCAGAUCUCUUAGGUUAUACUUUUUGAAGAGAUUACUCUUGUUAUCAGCAGUCGUUAGCCCGUCCCAACCCCUGAGAAAGUUUCUUAUCGGGCCCAGCCGUCCAGUGACAAGCUUCAUCCAAGCUCCCCCGAAAAUCGCUUAUCUUGGCCCUCUUGCAGCAAUUUUUGUCAUGGCAUCAAACGAAGACCGAGUCCCGAGAUCAUCAUUUGAUGGGCUGAAUGCUCGGAUAUUCUGGUUGGCUGAACAGGAACCCAGAGAUCUGAAGUAAGAGGACUGUAAGCGGUAGACUUAUGCAGAGAAAGAUAGGUCAUGACAUGCUAGAAUCUGCACCCUGGUCUGGAACUUGUCUUUGCUUAUCAGGACCAGCAAGCCAUCAGUGCGGGUGAAGCGUGGAUAGACAGGGCGUCCUGGAAUAAGAAUGUCUGCUUCCCCACGCAUUGGAGUUGCCAUUGAAUCUCUUUUUCUAGCAGCCCCUUUGAAACCCCUUUGGGUACUAAGAUUUCGGAGAGUAUCCGAUUGUAUCGAGGAUAACUUCAGCGGAACUCGAAUCGAAACAAUGGCCUCACAGCCCAGCUACGAAGAUGGUAGCCCAGAAGGCUCCAUCACACGCGACGACAAAGUCAAGAAAGCGCACGCUGUCCUGGGUAUGGAAGAAGGUAGCACGGCUCUGAUUUCUGCCGAUGACCAACUUCUCGCCUCAUUGGGAUAUAGAGCAGAACUCAAGCGAGAGUUCUCCUACCUCACAGUCUUCGGUCAAAGUUUUGGAGCAAUGGGAAUAGCGCCAGCAAUCGCAGAGUCGAUCAUCUUUUCCUUGGGCAGUGCUGGAAGCGUGGGAAUGGUUUGGACGUACCUUGCUGGCUGUCUGCUCUUGAUACCCGUGGCUGCCAGUUUGGGCGAGUUGGGUAGUUCUAUGCCAACGUCUGGAGGACUUUACUAUUGGGUAGCACGACUUACUCCCCCUCGCCAGAGAGCCUUCAUGUGCUGGUUGGCCGGAUAUAUGAACGUCCUCGGAUAUAUGUCUAUCUACGCUUCUACCAUCUACGCCGCGACUCUGAUAUUAGGAGCUACAUGCUCCAUUGGCAGUGAUGGAACUUGGGUCGCAAGUAAAUACCACAACUACGGCAUGUUCGCCGCCACAACUCUCCUCACCUUCUGCAUGACUUGCGUUUCAUCCGCACUACUUUCCAAGCUCAACGCUUUCUACAUCUUCGUGCAACUAGCUAUGCUGCUCUCGCUCAUCAUCGCCUUGGCAGCAAAGACACCUAGCGAGUACAAGAACAGUGCCCAUUUUGUCUUCGCUGGGUUCGAGAACACUGGCUUUUGGCCAAACAACGGAUGGGCCUUCAUGUUGAGCUUCCUGACACCUGUAUGGGUCGUAUCCGGAUUCGAGAGUAGUGCAACUAUCGCAGAGGAAGCGAGCAAUGCUGCCAAGGCUGUUCCUUUUGCUAUGAUAUCCUCCUUGGUCGUGGCAACCGUUACUGGCUGGGCAGUCAUAAUCACAAUCGCGUUCUGCAUGGGAACUGGCGUGAUCGAUCUUGUCGAGAGUCCUCUCGGUCAGCCAUUCGCGCAGAUUGCCUUUAAUAGUCUAGGAAAGAACGGAAGUAUCGCACUAUUGGUAUUUUUGUGGUUCAGCUCGAUUUGCAACUGCUCGAUCUUGAUGGUUGCUGCGUCAAGAGAAACGUUUGCAUUUGCUAGAGAUCACGGCCUCCCCUUCUCAGGGUUUCUCCGCAAGCUCUCAGCAAAUAAAACACCCGCACGUGCCGUCGGCUUCGUCGCCGUAUGCACUCUCCUCGAAGGACUCCUCAUGCUCGUGAACACCAUCGCCAUCAACUCCAUCUUCAAUCUUGCCAUCAUGGGCCUGUACUUCGCGUACUGCAUGCCCUUGGUCUCCCGACUCUGCUUCGGGCAUUUCACCCCUGGCGUAUUCUACAUGGGUAACACCAUCUCUUACAUCUCCGCCAUCUAUUCCGUCGCCUGGAUGACGUUCAUCUUCAUCCUGCUCCUGUUCCCUAUCUAUCCGAGCCCAAAUGCGCAGGAAAUGAACUAUGCUGUUGCGGUGUUGGGGUUCGUGCUGGUGUUUUGUGUGGUGUAUUUCUGGUUCCCGAAGUAUGGAGGAAAGACUUUCUUCACGGGACCAGUGAGGACAAUUGAUGAGAUUCUAGAGGAGAGUCCUGAGGCGAGGGCGGCUGUUGAGCAGGAGAUUGCCAGGGAGAGGAAGGUCGAGACUUCGGGAUCGUCCGACAAGGUGUCUUCAUGA